GCGGACCUUCGGGAAAGGAAGGAUCCCAACCGCAAGAGGGAGACUGGGAGCAUGCGGAUGACGACCCAGAGAUGCUAUUCUACUCAACAUUCUCGUCACUUCUCUUUCCAAUCUAUACGGAUACCUCAUGUGCUGCUAGCUAUGGUAGUUUCUGCGUGGUUCGGAUCACAGCCAACUAGAACAGUGCGGGCCUUUCCACUCACGCAGUGGAGAUGUCACAGUGUUCGUAGGAACACUAAUUGCCGACACGUCUCCCACUUGUCGUUCCAAAGGAACACAGUAUUCAAAGAACACACACGUACCAAGCGUGUACUCAUUCCUUCCACUACUAGACGGUAUUCUUCCGUAAACGAUGUGGACAUGACGACAACAGUAGCUACAACUUCAUCGCAGGACACAAUUUUUGCCUUGUCUUCUGGUGCUGCGACGGGUCAAGCAACGGCAGUAGCCGUUAUUCGCCUUUCGGGUCCCCAGGCGGGAGUCAUUCUUCAGCGCUUGACCCCCGGUAGGCCUCUUCCAAAACCCCGCACAGCAGCACUUCGAAAACUCCACGAUCUGGACGAUCCCAAGGUUGUACUGGAUCAGGCGCUGGUGUUGUACUUUUCCGGACCAAACUCGUUUACUGGCGACGACGUCGUCGAGCUGCAAGUACACGGUAGCCGGGCAGUCGUGACGGCUGUACUGGAGACGUUGGGUACCGCGGCACGCCUCGCUGAACCCGGUGAAUUUACGCAACGGGCUUGGCUGGCAGGCAAACUCGACGCUUUGCAAGUCGAGGCCUUGGCCGAUUUGUUGACGGCGGACACCGCCACCCAACGACAGCAGGCUCUCGCACAGCUUGACGGUCAACUCUCGGCCGUUUACGAUACCUGGAGGGAUAUGCUGGUAGCCGGCUUGGCUCACGCUGAGGCCGUGAUCGAUUUCGGGGACGACGAGCGAUUGGAUGACGCCUUGCUGGACGAAGAGGACCAACAACUGGCUCAGGACAAUGUCUGGGGUGGUGUAGUCGGCAACAUGGAAGUGCUCGAAAGAUCCAUGAGACGACAACUACAAGAUGCCCGGCGGGGAGAAUUGGUUCGGCAGGGCUUGCAAAUUGCCAUUGUCGGACCACCGAACGCUGGCAAAUCAAGCCUGUUCAAUAUUUUGGCUGAUCGCGAUGCCGCCAUAGUGUCUCCGACCGCCGGCACAACCCGCGACGUGUUGGAAUUGUCGCUCAAUUUGGGCGGCGUCAAAUGUGUCCUCCAGGACACGGCAGGCGUACGUACCUUCACCGACGACGCGAUUGAGAUGGAAGGGAUAGCGCGAGCCACCCGUGCGGCGGCGCAAGCAGAUCUCGUACUGGCCAUGGUCGAUUCAUCCGAUGUGGAAAGUGGUCUGGAGAUCUUGACCACUAUAUUGCAAAACUCUCCCAAUCUGGAUCGCCAACACGUACUGUUGCUACUCAACAAAUCAGAUUUGAGAGAAGAAAAACACCAAACGAUCGAAGUGCCUGGGAAGGAUGUUGUCGAGCUGAUUGGAGGACAGUACGAGAUUAGUUGUGCCACUCAAAAUGGUGUGGAUACGUUCUUGGAGAGCUUAACGAGAAUAUGUGUCGCAAGAGUAUCCAACACGGAUGCAUCGGAUCGAGACAAGACGUCGAUUGUGGACAGGGAAACGAGCGAGGGCACUUUGAUUACCCGUGCUCGUCAUCGCCAGCACGUGCAAGCCGCGGUAGAAGCUCUGGAACGUUUUCAGACGUUGUCCCAGCAGGGCACCAUGUCGGUCGAUCUCGCGGCGGAGGAAUUACGUCUCGCAGCAUCAGAGUUGGGUCGUAUAACCGGGGCGGUGGACGUGGAAGACGUACUAGACAAACUGUUUGCUGAUUUUUGUAUUGGAAAGUAA